AUAUCUCCUGGACAAGCACUCUUCAGUCCACAGGCCAUCCCAGAGCGCUGAGAGAGGAGAGACUCGUCAACCAUGGCGGCGAAAUCCAGGAUGCUGUUGCUACUCUUGGCUCAUUUGGUCUCAUCGGCUCUGCUUAUCGAUGUCACACAGAUCAUAGUUAACCCCAAACACGGCAGCGUGGUCGGCGUGUUCCAGGCAUCUCUGUCCGGUGACUAUGCCUUCAACGCAUCUGUCGCGAGAGAUGUGUGUGAGCAGCUGGGUGUGGGCAUGGCAAACAAGGCGCAGUUGAACAAAGCACUCGCACUCGGCUUUGAGACCUGCAGGUUCGGCUGGACCGAUGAACAAGUCGCUGUAAUUCCCAGAAUUCUUCCAAAAGACACCUGUGGUAAAGGCAGAGUUGGGCUUAUUACCUGGCGCACACUUCCCAGCUAUAAGUUUGAUGUCUACUGUUUCAAUUCAACAGAUUAUGAAGCUCACAUGAACACGGAGCACGAGUAUCCGAGCACCGCAGUCAUUCCUACAGCUCGCACGUCUGGAGCUCGCACGUCUGGAGCUCAUCCGAAACUGGCAAAACCGACUCGUUCAGCAUCUCGGGAUGAUCCACAGUCCACUUCCUCCAGUCUUCCCCACUACACGCCUGAGAAGGACACACCUGAAUCGCAAGCCUUUAGCAACACAAGCCCUAACACUGCAGUUGGCCUGAUCGCUUUGCUCACGACACUCUUCGCUUUCCUGCUGCUCGCCGUGGCUGCUGUCUGUUACUUCAAAAAGAACAGAGUGGGCCGCUGGAAGAAAAGUCAGGAGAAGGAGACCAUAGAGACUGAAGUUUGUGGGAAAACUAGAAAGGAGUCUGAGUCAGAGGUGCAAAACGAUGUCAGCGUGACCAUCAAGCUAGAGAACGAGAAGAUAUCUUAACCGGCCAGACCGUCGACCUCUGACCUCCACCUCGCCUGGAAUCGCAUCGUGUAACUGUAUUUAUUUAUUUGUUUAACCGAAUAAACAUUUUCCAUCUUCUCCUCUCCUUUGA